AUGGCCGUUCUCUUGAGGCUGGGUCUCCUCUGUGGUGCUCAAGGAGGCCAUUCUGGUUCCAAGGCUGCAUCUCUUCACUGGACUAGUGAGAGGGUUGUCAAUGUUUUGCUCCUGGGCCUGCUUCCAGCUGCAUAUUUGGAUCCUUGCUCUGCAAUGGACUACUCCUUGGCUGCAGUCCUCACUCUUCAUAGUCACUGGGGCCUUGGACAAGUUGUCACUGACUAUGUUCAUGGGGAUGCAUCGCAGAAAGCUGCCAAGGCAGGCCUUUUGGCACUCUCAGCUUUAACCUUUGCUGGGCUUUGUCAUUUCAACUAUCAUGACGUGGGCAUCUGCAAAGCUGUUGCCAUGCUGUGGAAGCUUUGA